AUGGCCGAUCCACAUCGUAAUUUCGAGAAAAAUAUUAAUCAAUUCGAUGAUAUUUUACAUCGAUAUGGCGAUGAUAUGGAUGAAGAUAAAGAUCGAAAUGUUGAUUUUGAUAAUUUAUAUAUGAAUAUUGGUAAAGAUAAUGAGAAUGAUGACGACGAAGAAAUAGUUGAAAUCGUACAAUUCAAUGAUAAUAAAAGUGUUUUAAUUGAUCUAACUACUGCAGCAGAAGAAGCAGAAGGAGAAGAACAUUUGUCUCAAAAAUUAAGUCAACUAUCAGCUACUGAUAAAGAGCAAGAGGAUAGUGAUAAAUUCAAACGAUCAACUGUCAAGAAACGACCAGCUUUAACACCAAGUACAACAACAGAUAAUAUAUCGAAAAAAAUGAAAUCUACUAAAGAAGAACAAACCAAUAAUCUGACACCAAAAUAUUUAUCAAGUAAUAAUAAAGCUUUUGAACAAAUGAUUAAUUCUGUACUUGAAAAAACAAGAAGCUCUAUCGAUAUUGAAUAUUUACGAGCGAUUGCUGUUCUUAUUCAUCAACUUGAAUGUGUCGAUCUCGAUCGAUUACUAUGGACGACAUAUUUACGUUCUGGUACAAGUACAUUAAAGCCACAAGCAACAACAUCGACACUCUCAUUAUGGCCUUUAGAAGUCAAACAGAGAAUGAUUGAUCGUGGUGAAGUAACUACAUCUGAUCCAAAUGAAAUAGAUCAUGCUUCUUGUUUGAGUUAUGUCCAGAGAGUGUUACAAAAAUUUCGAAAUCAAACCGAACUUUAUCAAGCUCAAUUGAAAGAAAGAAAACAACGUUUAAAUAAUCGUUGGACAUCUGAUAUUGAAGAAGCUAUUAUAAAAUUUGUUCAACAACAUGUCAUACCUUUAUAUAAAGUACCUACACAAGGACAAAUUGCCACUGUCGAAUAUGAUUAUAAUGAUCAGUUGAUUCAAUUAGAAUAUGAACAACAAAAUCCAAAUGAAUAUCAAAAAGAUAUAUUUAAAAAUCUUACUCAAGCUAAAUAUGAAAAAGAAACAGCUAAAUUUGAUGUAGCUAUAUUGAAACAACGUAUUGCAUAUAAUCAUUUACCACAAUCAUUUGAAUCACUUAAAAUACCGGCACCUAUCUUAUUAGAUAAAAUUGUUGAUACAAAUAUUCGUCAAAAUUUAAUGAAUCAAUGUGAAAAAAUAUUACAACGAACAAAAUCUGAUAUGAUGAUAGUUUAUAUAGCAACAGCCGAAGAAAAAAUGAAUGAAUAUCAAAAGAAAUUCGAUAGUGACUUUAUUAAAAUGAAAGAAAAUCAACGUUCUGGUCCAUCACAUGAGAAAUUAACUCAAACAAUGUUAGAUAUUAUGGAACGACGUUUCAAAAAUAUAAAUGAACGUCUUAUACAUCUUUAUAAAUUAAAAUUACGUUUUUUCGUCAAAGCUCCGACGAUCAAGCAUUAG